AUGUCAUCUCCUGCCUCUAAACUCUCUCACCCUCCAUCUUCAAAGGCAAACGCAGCCUCUCCAAAGGUCACUUCUGAAGAUGUUGAGCUCGCUCCGAUUCAAAAUGGUUCCGCUGAACCCAGCAUACCUCUCGAUGAGGAUAUUAUGCAAUGCGCUCGGAUUGGAGCGCUCGAGCACAUUCAAAAAAUGAUCCAGUCCGGCAAAGUGGACGCCAAAUAUACGGAUGAUGAAGGCAUUACACCAUUGCACUGGGCUGCUAUCAACAACCAGUAUGCUGUGUCCAAAUACCUAAUCGAACAAGGUGCGGAUGUCAAUGCCAAAGGUGGUGAAUCUCAUGCUACACCAGUCAUGUGGGCUGCGCAGAGAUCCCAUUUCUACAUUGUCAACCUACUACUUCAGAAUGGUGCCGACGCGCUAUUGACCGACGGCCAGGGGUAUAACAUUCUUCACCUGGCCACCAUCGACGGUAAUGUUCUUCUUUUGAUCCUUCUCCUACAGCAGAACAUCCCUGUGGACGCUGCGGAUCCUCAAGGUCACACUAGCCUCAUGUGGGCAGGAUAUAAAGGAUGGCCAGCUUGUGUAGAUCUUCUCCUACGAUGGGGUGCAAAUGUCAAUGCCAUCGAUGAUAACGGCUUUACGCCUCUUCAUUGGGCUCUUGUCAAAGGCUCAAAACCCUGUCUUGACAAAGUCCUCGAAUAUGGAGCGGAUCGAUUCGCCAAGACUAACGAUGGAAAGACACCCUCCGCCUGUGCGGAGGAAAUGAGUACCAAAAGAGCUUAUCAGCGCUCGCUAGCUGACCACGGCUACGAUGUCAAUGGAAAUCUCAAAACUCUACCCUUAAAGCUGCACAUGCUUCUCCAAGACCGCUCAAAAAUGUCCAAAUUCUUCUUCUUGUACCCCUUUCUCAUUAUGCCCAUUGGCCUGUAUAUUAUCAGCCACUUUCAGAUUUUUGUUGGUUUGCCAGUCUUCCUGGUUGUAUGUCUUGGGAUGCAGUACAUUGCUCAAAGAAUCGCGAUGAUGGGUCCCAUGGAAUAUCACGUUAUCCAUAAAACGCCAUAUCUAUCCGGCAUAUUUGCUGCGACUCUGUUCUGGGUGGGUUUCAGUUAUCUGACUUCAGUACUACCUGGGACCUUCUCGACCAAUCCUUUCUUCAAUUUGCUCUUUGUUCUGAGCUAUUCCAGUACAGCAUAUUUCUACUUCACAGCGAUGCGAGAAGAUCCUGGAUACAUACCCAAAUUAGCUUCACGGAAUCAACAAAGAGCUGUCAUCGAAGAACUCUUUUCAUUAUGGAAAUUUGACGAGGAAAACUUCUGUGUUCAAUGCUUGGUUCGGAAGCCACUGCGUUCCAAGCAUUGCCGACGAUGUAAUCGUUGUGUCGCCAAACACGACCACCACUGCCCCUGGGUGCAUAAUUGCGUCGGUAAUAAUAACAUUCGGCACUUCUACAUAUACAUUCUCAGCCUUGAGGUCGGUAUUCUACUAUACAUUCGCCUCGUCCUGUCCUACCUAUCACUUCUCAGCCCGCCAUCCGACGAUGCAAUCUCACAAUGCAAUAUCCUCGCUCCAUCACUUUGCAAUAUUGUCCUUCGAGAUCCCUGGACAGUGGCUCUUACAUUCUGGGCAUGUUUGCAGCUAGUUUGGGUGACGAUGCUAAUCGUUGUCCAAUCUGUGCAAAUCACCAAGAAUCAAACCACUUUCGAAAACAUGAGACGCCAUGAUCACUCCUCCUCGUCUGGAUCACUCCUGCCACAACAUCGGAGUCUCCCUCCCGGCGCGUCUACAGCAACGACGUCAUUGAACGAUACCGCAGCAGCCGCGAGUCGACUAAACCCAGUUCCACGCCGUCCAGAUGGCUGUCUCACGAGAUGGAAGAAACUGAUCGGGUUGGACGCCUUCCUCGCCACAGCAUCUGACGCCUCUCAUGGGAACCUACAGUCUCGACGAUCGAAUCCUUAUUCCCGUGGUCUGGUCGGAAAUUGCCGAGAUUUCUGGUUCGACCCAGCCCCUAUAUUCGGAAAGCGGAAUAACGGCGAAGGGUUUUUGGGCGGCGAAGUUGUUGACUAUGCACAUUUGUAUGAAAUCCCUCUUCGGCUCAGGAGAGGCGCUGGCGGUAUGCAGUACACGAGCGUUGCUGGAGAGGAUGAGGAGACAUGA